AUGAAAUCGCCGCUUUCAUUUUUCAUCUCAAAUGACCACUUCUUUGCUAAAGGACUGAGACGACAGCUGGAGGAUCAAUACGGCCCCUUCACCUGGGCAUCUUCUGUGGUAUUCUGUGCAGACACCGGUCUCAAGCUCAAAUGCAAUGUCGCUACCCCUCGAAAUUCACAUGCCUAUGCCAACGGCAUUCUACUAUUUGAUGAGGGAAAAACACUAGCAGUUGCUGAUACCCUUUAUGGGACGGUAUCGCUCUAUGAUGUCCAUGCAGACACAAAACUUCUGGCCAAGAAACAGACAAUUGUCCUAGGGGCGUCCCCGGAUAAUAUGUCAGAGUCAAAGAAUGGAGACCUUAUUGUUGCAGUGGUUCCUGACCUAAGGAGCAUACUGCCACGCGCCUUUGGCAAUGGCCCCCUCAAUUAUAGCUCCCCUGUUGAGGCCACUGUCCUUCGACUGGUCAAAACCAACAAUUUCACACCCGAAAUCAUCUUCUGGGACGACGGAAACCAAAUUAGCAUUCUUACCGGUAAUGCACUGGAUUCAACAGGCAGAAAGCUCGUGGCUGGAGGUGUUUGGGAACGAUGGUUUCUAGUUUUACUGGAAUCCCACGAUGAAAGGAGCUUCAACGAAUUUACGGCCCCAGCGAUAGAGCUACAAAGGCUUGACGAUAAGAGUCCAUUCGAGGGCUCCUCUUUGGAGAAGGAUGAGAAGACAACAUUGCAGUCAUUCUUGAUUAUCACCAUCAUAACGGGUGUCACUUUUAUCAGCGUCUCAGGAACUGGAAUUCUGACCACCGCACUUCCUCGUAUCUCAACCGACAUCAACCUCGACCGCGAUCUGAUCUUCUGGCCAGCAUCUGUGUAUGCGCUAUCUGCAGGAUGCACUUUGUUAGCAUUUGGCUCUGUUGCUGAUGUCGUCGGCUCUAAAAGGAUGUGGCUGAUCGGGAGCGGCGCCUCAUGUCCCCUUAUACUUGCAUGUGGACUCGCCCGCACUGGUAACCAAUUCAUCAUCUUCCGUGCUCUUUUGGGCUUGUUUGUGGCUAUGUGUCUCCCAACGUCGAUGUCGCUGGUGACGGCGUCCUUUCCACCCGGGCGCAAAAGGAAUAUUGCCUUUGCAGCGACAGGCAUGGGCCAGCCUUUAGGCUACGCAUUAGGACUGAUCCUAGGUGGUGUCUUGGCCAGCACGAUCGGCUGGCGAUGGGGCUUUUAUAUCACUGCUAUUCUCGACGCAGUAUUAUUUGUGUCGUCCAUUUUUAUCCUUCCGUCGGACACGGAUUCUAAGAAAUUGUCAAAGAUCACAUGGCAUAACCUCGCGUACAAUAUCGACUGGAUUGGCGUAGUCAUUCUCGCUUUGGCCUUUGGGCUUCUAUCCUAUGUUCUUGCUAUGGUCACAGUUAGCUACAAGAACAUAUCGAAGCCCCAAUAUAUAGUCCUGCUUAUUAUCUCGCUUUUACUCCUCCCUGUCUUCUCCCUCUGGGUCAGGUGGCAGGUAAAGCGCCAAAAGCCAGCCUUGAUUCCAAACGCCUUAUGGCGGAAUCUGCCAUUUCUCUUUAUCUGUGUGGCCAUGUUCUUCACAUGGGCCGCAUUUAACUCCUUCCAGUACAUAUCUACCCUAUUCUUCCAGGACGUCCAGAACCUUUCAGCGCUUCAGGCGUCCAUUCGUUUCUUGCCCAUGGCCGGAGUUGGCGUGCUUACCAACAUAAUUGCUGCUCAUCUGGUGUCAAAGGUGAAUGUCAACAUGCUGCUGGGGAUAAGUGCAGUGAUCACCGCAGUUUCACCAAUCCUAAUGGCGGUUGCAUCACCUGAAUGGACUUACUGGACUGCGGCAUUUAUUGCUAUGACUUUAAGUCCUAUCAAUGGCGACGUGCUAUGGACUGUCUCUAGUCUUAUCAUCUGCCGUGCAUUCCCCGACAACUCACAGGCUCUGGCUGGUAGUGUCUUCAAUACUAUCUCACAGCUAGGUAACUCAGUCGGGCUGGCUGUUACCGCCGUUAUCGCAACCUCCGUCGCCGCACACGAGGAUGGUUCCGCGACCGGUACGAGUACUUCUCAGACGAUGAGUGAGCUUCUAGAGGGAUACCGUGCUGCGUAUUGGACUAUCUUUGCCGGCAUGGUGGUUGUUUGCCUAGUGAGCUCUCUGGGUUUGCGUAAGGUGGGAAAGGUUGGCAUCAAACAGGACUGA